ACGAAACAGGAAGUGCGACCCACCAAAUAAUUCCGAUUGGUUGUCUCUCGUUCGGCGGUUUGUUUUGUAUUUGUGUGUCUGCUGUUAGCUUACUAUCUAAUGCGUUUUAAGAGUUUACUUGGUUAAAACAAACAUUUUAAGCAUGGAUGACUCUACAAAGCGUAUAUUACAACGUCUGAUACGACGAAUCCCUUAUCAAAUGCUCCAGAAAAUGCUUGGCAAGUGGGCUCAUCUAUCAAAUGAGGACCUGCAUUCGCUGGACUUCACACAACCAAAAUGGGUGUUGACGGAACAUCUACUGGCUUUCUGUGAGGAGAAGGGCUUGACAGUGAAACACAUCACAGAACUCGAAAUGAUCUAUAUCAUUGAGAAUCCAAACCAGGGAAUGUGGCAUGGCUUCCAGCUCCUUGAUGCAGAGGAGGAAGCACCAUCCAUUGAACUGACACAGUUCAAGGAACAGUUCAAGGCCAACCUCACAGAGCUCAUCAGGCAUGUGUCUAUUAAAAUAAAGAAACACACAGAUGAGGCCAUAUGGAUACGUGUUGCCUGGGGGGACAACUUCACAAAGCCUAACCACCUUAAACCCACAUAUGUUGUCCACCAUCUUCAGACCCCUUAUGUCUUUGUGACCGGCUUGACUUCAAAGUAUAAGCCUCUUUUAAACCAGGCCUUGGUUCUGGCCACCAGAUAUGGCUCUAUGAAGGACGCUCACCUCAGUGGACGGAACCUCAUCGCCAUCAGAGACCUACUGACGAGGCAGUACCAACAGGUGUUCCCCACCAAACAUCCAAAACCUCUUCAGGAAAAGAAUCCUGUCCCUAGAAACCCCAAUAUAGAGAACGAACAGGCUGAGAAUACAGAGAACCGUCUUCAGAUGGCCUGUGAGGCCUUUGGCGAUGGGACACUACCUCAACUGCAAAAAGCUGUCUACAAGCUGGAGACCAAGUUCCGAGAUAACUCUAACAAAACGUUGACAGGCAGAGAAGAGCCCUUCAGAGGAGUGGUGGAGUUUGCCAGCACCAACCUCCUAGAGUCACUCAGGCACUGUGUGUCCUCAGGUAUGGCGUCAACCCCAGUCACCCCUCUUCUCUCAUCCAUCACACAGAAAGGGAGAAACUAUUUUGUUAUCACAGACAAAGGAGUUUAAAUCAAAUUUAACUAUAAGAACUACCAGAACAAGUCGUGUAUAUUUUGUAUUGAAUGUGUUAACAUUUUAUGGGGUUUAACAUUCAUUUUUUAGAACACCUUGUUUACCCAUUCACUCUGUCCUUCGCCCAGGUGUUAAGAAUAAGAAUCAUCUUGUUAUUGCUUCUCAAUUAGUAUACUACAAUCUGUACUCUAAUAAAUGUUAUUGGAUUUUU